AAAUCUCGGGAACUCCCAACUGUAUAUUUAUUAAAAUCCUUCACACACAUACAACCAUUUAUAUAUACACCUAAGUAUCAAACAAACACACCUGCAUAUAAAAAUAUAAAUACAGUGAGAGAGAAAGAUAGAGAUAGAAGUGAUAGGUAUGGCUACCAGUACCACCCCAACCACCAUAAUUGCCGCCGCUACACUCAUCUAUGCAGCCUUCUUUGCGAUGGCUGUUCCCGGAGGGACAGCGCAGUCUCCGGCGGGGGCUCCGGUACCUGUAAUGAUAGAAGGAGUGCCAUUAUCAUCACCACCGUCAAUGUCAAUGGCACCGGCACCGGGGUUGGAUUGCCUGAACUACCUUGUUAACAUGUCGGACUGCCUGACAUAUGUGGAGGCGGGAAGCAACCUGACUAAGCCCGACAAGGGUUGUUGCCCGGAGCUGGCGGGAUUGGUGGAGAGCCAGCCCAUUUGUCUAUGCCAACUGCUGGGUAACAGUGACAGCCUUGGAGUCCAAAUCAAUCUCAACAAGGCCCUCAAGCUCCCCUCUGUUUGUGGUGUCUCCACUCCCCCUAUUAGCAUGUGCUCAGUUGCUGGAUACCCAGUUGGGGCUCCAACAUCAAGUGAAGGGCCCACUAUAUCACCAGUUGCUGGAUACCCAGUUGGGGCUCCAACAUCAAGUGAAGGGCCCACUAUAUCACCAGGUGGUUCUCCUCCGGAAGGAGCAGCCAUCCCUGCAUUAGGAAAUGUCAAUGGAGCUUCAAGCAUUGCAGUCUCUCACUUGUCCUUUCUUGUUGGCUUAGCAAUUGCAUUUAUUUCAUCCCUCUAAUUUUCAAUUAAUUUUGGAAUUUGAUUUCAUGGACAUGUCAAUUUUUCUAAUAUCAUAUGAUACAGCUAGAUAUAUUAUUUGAUCACAAUAAUAAUAUGUAAACCUUUUGUUACAAUGCAUUAUUGUUUGUGUUGGGAUUUGUAUGCCUGGCAUAAUGAAUUUUUAUUUGAAUUAAAGUGACAUAUGUUCCUAACAUAUUUGAAAUAUUUAUAUUUUAUACAAUUGGUGAAUUUAAUGUA